AUGACUAACACCACGUCAUCUCACUACGAAGCACAUUCCAACGAGUCUUAUGAAGAAGCAUACUUUUAUGAGCCCGGCACGUACAUGCAACAUUUGGUGGACUUGGUUGGUACGCGGCUCAAGUUGGGAGAUGCGUCGCCUCCCUGCAGAUUGAUUGACAUUGGAGGUGGAACUGGAAACUUUGCGCAAGCACUCAUGGACAGCCAUCCUUCCAAGUUUGUCUCCACUGUGGUCGAUCCAUUUCUGGAUCCCACCGCGUCCGGCAAGGAUGUCAAGGGUUUGGACUUUGUCAAGGAGUCUGCCGAAGUCUUUAUGCAACAAAAUAAUUCCGAGGAUGUUCAGGCGGACGAUUCUUAUUGGCGCAACGGCUAUCACAAAGUUCUACUCAAAGAGGUUGCGCACCACUUCAAGGCUGCCGAUCGAGUGAAAAUCUUCAAAGGAAUUUAUAAUGCCCUUGAAAGUAGUGAGGCUGCUGGCGACAGUAGUGAUGAUUCGGCCUUGCUCAUUGUGACCAGGCCUCAAGUGGAGAUUGAUUAUCCACUCUGGGAUGAAGCCCGGCAAGUAUGGAAGGAGAAUCAACCGAGUGCGACCGAUUUCAUGAAUGAAUUAAAAGAAGCAGGCUUUGUGAAUAUUCAACAGACCUUGGAGCCAUAUCCCUGUCAAAUACCCCUGGACCGGUGGCAAUCCAUGGUCAAGGGAAAGUUUUGGAGUACCUUUUCCAACUUUUCGGAUGAGGAACUAGAAGCAGCCUGCGAAACGAUUGCCAAGGAUUAUGCCGAUCGAGUGGGCAAGGAUGGUAUUUUGCAUUUUGAAGAUCGGUUGGUCUUUAUCUCCGCAGGGAAGAAGAAAGCAUGA